AGAAUACUAUACUUUUUCUUAAAUUUUGCAUUGAACUUAGUGAUGAGGUAUUAACCACUGUUCACCAUGAUAUCAAGCUUAUAGCAAAGUUAUUAGUAGAUGAAAGUGAAGAGGCUGAUAAAUAUAGUUGGGUGUAA